GAAUUAUCUUCAAUUCUAUGAAUUUCUAUCCAAUUGACUUUGAAGAACAAGCCUCUUAAUGUACUAAUUUUAUAUAUUUCUAGAGUUAAUUAAUGAACCCUUCAUUGAAUAAACAAAUGAAUCCUUAUACUAUGAAUAUGACCAAAGUGCUUAUUAAGAGCCUGAAUAACUAAAUACUUUUGAUGGGUAUUUACAAGAAGAGCCUGUCCUUUUGUUUAAUUAUGUGGAAGAAGCACCAAAAAAGAAAACAAAACAUGUUAACAGAAAAUCAAAAAAAAUUAGAAAAGCUGAUUCAGAAACAGAUGUUCCUUCUGGAAAAAGAAUGAAAUCUCGUAUUACUAAUAAUGACGUCUUGAAAUUAUAGUAAUGUUAGAGAUUAAAAACAAUAAUCUCUUAAAUGGAGGCUCUCUUAUAAUAAACAAGAACAUCGAUUCUCAAUCAAUAUAUGAAAAAUCACACUAAGUGACCUCCUUAAUGAUUAAAUAUAUCGAGUUAUAUAUAUAUAUAUAUAUGUAGUAACAUAUUUUUAUGAUAGUUUCUUUUCAAAAUUUAAAUAGAAGCAAAUUUUGAGUUAGAACAUUAUGGUG